AUGUCAUCAAACGCAACCGCCGAACCUGUAAGUGCAGCUACUGCUGCAGAGGUAACUAAUAAGAAUAUUCCAGUGCCUUACACUCCAACUGGUAAGCCAUCCACCACAACUUUUGUUAAGCACAAUGGCGCUAACUUCAAGACUGUUGAAUUCGAGCACUCUGGUGAAUACAAGGGUACUAUUAUUUUUGUUCAUGGUUUUGCUGAACAAUCAGAUCUUUACGUAGAGUUCUUUGAUAAGCUCGCUCAGCAGGGAUUUGACAUUUUUUUCUUCGAUCAAAGAGGUGCAGGUGAAACAUCUCCAGGUAAAGAAUACGGUAAGACAGACGAGAAGUUCCAAAUGGGAGACUUGGAUUUUUUUAUCGAUUACAAUUCUAAGAAAUCCGGUAAAGAGAGUGAAAGGUUUUUCCUUAUGGGACAUUCAAUGGGUGGAGCCAUAAUCCUUAACUAUGGAAUUAUUGGUAAGCAUAGAGAUAAGAUCAGAGGUAUAGUUAGUAACGGGCCCAUGAUUGCAUCGCAUCCAAACACUGCUCCAUCUGCUGUUGUAAUGUUCCUUAGUCCAGUUAUUAACAAAUUGGUUCCAAAUUUGAAGGUGGACUCUAAAUUGGAUAUCACUUACAUCACUUCAAACAAAAAAUGGCAAGAUUAUAUUAGGGCCCAUGAUGCCAAACUUAUUGGUACCAUUAGACUUUUCAACGAUAUGUUUGCUCGUGGAGAUUUAUUAAAAAAGCCAGCUCACAUUAAAAAAUGGUCACCUAGUAUCCCGCUUUUGUUAAUCCAUGGUAAUGAUGAUAGCAUCAAUGACUAUAAGUACUCGAAGAAAUUCUAUGAGUACUUACCUAAGGAUAUCGACAAGGAAUACUACGAAAUUGAAGGCGGUAGACACAGCACCUUCAUUGAAACUGAUGAUAUCACCGAAAAGGUCUUGGACAAGGUGGUUUCGUUUUUGGAUGCACACAAAUAA